UUUAGAGUAGGCUCCAUGCUCUUUGUGGGGCUUGAACUCAUGACCCUGAGAUUCAGAGUUACAUGCUUUAUGUGCCCCUAACCCUUUUUUUAUUUUUUAUCUACUUUAAAUCUGGAAAAGAAUACUAUCUUGGUUUAAAAUAUCUUAAUUGCUAAUCUUGUCGAAACGUGUCUUUAGGAAAGCAAAGAACGCCUCACAACCUUUUUUCUUUUGCAUUCUUGAGAUUUUUUUUUUCUUUCUUUUCUUUUAUACUUACCAUGCCCUAAAUUCAUAGAGAAUAUGUUCCAGCAGCUCAGGCUCCUUUUCACUGGUUCUCACCAAAUGUGCUUCUCUGAGUGGAGCAGGCUAGCCCUUGAGUUGAACCCAAGUACCUUUCCCUUUGGCUUCCUUCUUUUUCUGAUCAUUUUCCUUCACAUGCCUUAGGAAGUUAUUUUGGCUUUUUUUUUUUUUUUUUUAAAUGUUUAUUUCUGAGGCAGAGAGAGAGCAUGAGUGGGGGAGGGGCAGAGAAAGAGGAAGACACAGAAUCAGAAGCAGGCUCCAGUCUCUGAGCUGUCAGCACUCAGCCUGAUGCCAGUCUUGAACUCAUGAGCCACAAGAUCAUGACUUAAGCCAAAGUUGGACACUUAACCGACUGAGCCACCCAGGUGACCCGGAAUUUGGUUUUUCUACAAGUACCACUGGCCUCUAGACUUAUACCUGGAUUGCGGUGUUCUUUUCUUUAAAAAAAAAUUUUUUUUAAUGUUUAUUUACUUUUGAGAGAAGGAGAUAGAGCGUGAAGGGGAGAGGGACAGAGAGAGAGAGGGAGACACAGAAUUGGAAGCAGUCUCCAGGCUCUGAGCUGUCAGCACAGAGCCUGAUGCGAGGCUCGAACCUACAAGCUGUGAGAUCAUGACCUGAUCAAGAUCAUGACCUGAGCCGAAGUUGGAAGCUUAACUGACUGAGCUACCCAGGCUAUUUGCCCAAUAAUUUUAUUGCAGUGUUUAGCAAUCAGUAUAAGUCAGCUGCAGCCCAACCAAAUAAUUCCAUUUUUAGAUAUAGCCAACAGAAUGCAUACAUUAGAAUAGAUAGAUUGAGGUGUAUUCAUAUAAAAUACAAAGAGUAAUGGACUGUUUAGACUGUAAAUACAUAUAAUAAUAAUGGAUGUCACAAACAUAGUUGAAAAGGCACAAAAUAAUAUAUACUAUUGAAUAUAUAUAAAAUUCAAAAAUAGAAAAAUGAAUUUAGGGUAUUAGAAGUCAGGAUAGUUGUUAUCUUUGUUUGGAGUUGGACUGAGAGAGGACACAACAGACCUGAGUUUCAUGUUCUGUUUCUUGGUCUGGGUAUUAUUGACUUAAGUGUUUUUACCUUAUGAAACUUAUGAUUUGAGCUGUAUCCUAUGACUUGUUUACUGUUCUGAAUGUAUGUUUUAGGUCAACAAAAAUGCUUACAUAGGGCAAAAAAACCUAUGGGCUAAGGUGAGAUUGCCCAGGAUGUAUAUAUAAAGUGAGAAGAGUGACAGAAUGUUGAGGAGCAAAGAAACCAUGCACAUAUUCCUAUUUCUUUCCCCAUUUUCCUCAGUUUUUCCUAUGAAAGCUUUGCAUAAGAAAUGGCAAGAAGUCUUUUGAAGACAUCAUCUUUAUCUGUGAGGACAAAAUUACUACAUCAAACGGGAUUGUCACUUUAUAAUACAUCCCAUGGCUUCCAUGAAGAAGAAGUAAAAAAAAAACUUGAGCAGUUUCCUGGUGGAUCCAUUGACCUUCAGAAGGAAGAUAGUGGUAUUGGCAUUCUUACCCUGAACAAUCCAAGUAAAAUGAAUGCCUUCUCAGGAGUUAUGAUUCUACAACUUCUGGAAAAAGUGAUUGAAUUGGAAAAUUGGACAGAGGGGAAAGGUCUCAUUGUCCGUGGGGCAAAAAAUACUUUCUCCUCAGGAUCUGAUUUGAAUGCUGUGAAAGCACUAGGGACUCCAGAGGAUGGAAUGACCUUAUGUAUGUUCAUGCAGAACACCUUAACAAGAUUUAUGAGACUCCCUUUAAUAAGCGUUGCACUGGUUCAAGGUCGGGCAUUGGGUGGAGGAGCAGAAUUUACUACAGCAUGUGAUUUCAGAUUAAUGACGCCAGAGAGUGAGAUAAGAUUUGUCCACAAAGAGAUGGGUAUAAUACCAAGCUGGGGCGGUGCUACCCGACUAGUUGAAAUAAUCGGCAGUAGACAAGCUCUCAAAGUAUUAAGUGGGGCCCUCAAACUGGAUUCAAAAAAAGCUUUAAACAUAGGAAUGGUUGACGAGGUCUUGCAGUCUUCAGAUGAAACUGAAUGUCUAGAAGAGGCACAAGAGUGGCUAAAGCAGUUUAUCAAAGGGCCACCAGAAGUAAUUAGAGCUUUGAAAAAAUCUGUUUCUUCAGGUAAAGAGCUUUGUUUUGAGGACGCAUUACAGAAUGAAAGAGACCUUUUAGGAACAGUUUGGGGGGGACCUGCAAAUAAAGAGGCUAUUGCUAGGAGACGAAAAUUUGAUACAUAAUUUUUUAAAGUAUGACGUACUACAAGAAAAACUCCAAUAAAUUAAUAAUUAUAAAGUUAAAUAUUAACUAGGAAUACCAGAAUUACUUCGGAGGCUACACUUAGUAUUUGAUUUAAUAAUUUUUUAAUAUCUGAACUCAUUGACCUAGUUUUCAGUAUAUUUGGGUAAUUAUCAAGUAAUGUAGAACAUUUGGUUAAAAUAUACAACACUUUUGGCUUAAAAAUUAUCAAUUCCAUAGUAGUUCUUAGCCUGUAACAAAAGACCAGUUUUUGAGAGGAAAAACCUCUCCACAGAACCUAUUCCUGGGUUAUUUUUCAUGGUGUCUGUUCAGUCUUAUCUGGAAAUAAUUUACAAAAAUAACAGUGAAAUUUGCACUAAAGAACAAAAGUGGAAGAGGGGUCAGGGAACAAGAUAAGAAAAGGUAUGAUCAUUUUCUUCUGCCUUAAUCAGCGGUAAUAGGUAAAGAAUUGGGGAGAGGUGCUUGGCUGGCUCUGUUAGUGAAGCAUGUGACUCUUGAUCUUGGAGUUGUGAGUUUGAGCCCCAUGUUGGAUAUAGAGAUUACUUAAAAAAUAAAAGAAUGUUUAAAAAUAACUGGAGGAAUGCCUGGGUAGCUCAGUCGGUUGAGCAUCUGACUCUUGAUUUCAGCUCAGGCCAUGAUCUCAUAGUUCUUGAGGUUGAGCCCCCUGUCCACAAAGAGCCUGCUUAGGAUUCUCUCUCCCUCUCUCAAAAUAAAUAGAUAAACUUAAAAAAUUUGGGGAAUUGGGGCACUUGGGUGGCUCAGUCGGUUAAGCGUCCGACUUUGGCUCAGGUCAUGAUCUUGCAGUUUGUGAGUUCAAGCCCUGCGUCAGGCUCUGUGCUGACAGCUUAGAGCCUGGGGCCUGCUUCUGAUUCUGUGUCUCCCUCUCUCUCUGCCCCUCCCCUGUUCACGAUCUCUCUCUCAAUAAUAAAUAAACGUUAAAUUUUUUUUUAAAUAAAAAAAUAAAAUUUGGGGAAUGGCUUUUUUUUCCUAUGG